UCAUUCAUGCAUCUUCACUAGAAAAAAAAAACAAGCCACGAACAUGCACCACAGAAGAGCUUUAAGAGUAGUUCUACAGCCUUGCUUCUGGCUGGCACGAUCGAUACGAAGACGAACAAACAGCACUCUUAUUUUUAGCACAGUUUGCUUCAGUUUAAUCCUCUUUUUUAUCGCAUCAAGGACCUUUAGUGAAACAGAGCUUGAAUCAGAAGAGUACAUGGACAAAGUAGCCAGAACUGCAGCAUGCAAGUUACCAAACAUCAAUCCUUUCCAUGAGAGCAUUUUACCUUAUGUCAAGGAACUAGAAAAGCUCGAUUGUGGGACAACUCAGUCCUCUUUUGAAAACAGUGUUCUGCGAGUAAACGGCGAAAACAUCGUGUCCGUAAAAUACCGACUUAUUACUAGACCGGAAUGUAACGACGAUGCAGUGAAUAUAUCCGAUGCGUUUGACGUACCUAAUAGUCUAAAGGGCAAAGCGACAGGAGAAAUGCAGAAAGGGCCUAUCAAACCAGGUGCAUACGGCUGUAUCGUCCAUAAACUGAGCGGAAAAUGUGUGCAUCCCCAGGGGGGGAGGGGAUUGCCAAACGGACUCCAGCCGGUGGUGCUGUAUAAAGAGUGCUGCAGCAAACAAUCGUACUUCAGGGUACUCCCCACGGGGGCCGUCCAGCAUGUGCAGAGUGGUCGCUGUCUCAGGCAAAAAAGGCCAAAUACCCGAAACACAGACAUCACUCUUCAUCAAAAGUGUGAGACGCUUUUCACCACAGAAAAUGGUAUCCUGCGAGAGACUGGGACCGGAAUGUGUCUCACGCCCGCGAGUGAGCGGGACGAUCCCGCGAAUAAUGAAGAGAUUGCUCUAGGCGAGGACUGUAACCAGGAGAGGAACAAAUUUUUCUUUUACUUUAAAGAAGGGGUACCAUUUAAAGCAGAAGUACCCAUCCAUACAGACUUUAUACGAGUUGAGAUCGAGAAUGGGGGUCCUGUGGACGAUAAUAUCGAGACCUUUAUGCAGACGGCAAAGAAAGAUGACGUCAUCAAGCGGCGCGUGCAGCCUGCCGGGAUACCUGUGAACAUCCUUAUGAUCAUGUUUGACUCGACUUCGGCCGCUAACUUUCACCGCAAGAUGCCGAACACUACGAAUCUGCUGAAGAACACAUUGGACACGGUCUUUCUACGAGGUCAGACAAUAGUAGGAGAUGGAACCACGGCCCAGCUCUCAGCCAUCCUCACUGGCAUUGCCGAGAAAAAUCAACCAGAGGCUCGAAAAGGUCGCAAGAAAGCCACGACAGUGGACAAGUGGCGUUGGAUAUUCAAGGACUUCAAGGAUCGUGGUUACGUCACGAUGUACUCGGAGGACUCUCCUACCACAGCUGCCUUCAACUUCCGUCUCAAGGGCUUCCGGGAUCCGCCCACGGACCAUUACAGCCGGUACUACUGGAUGGAGGCGGAGAACUACAUCCGCAAAGAGUUCUGCAGCAACAAUCAAGCCAUGCACAACAUGACAUUUAACUAUCUGCUCAGUCUGUUCAGAACUUACACAAAAAAUCCCAAGUUUGCAAUGGUGAACUUCUGCACAUUAGUCCACAGGGAACCCAACGCGAUAGGGCAUGCGGAUAGGGAUUUGUAUAAUUUGCUGUUGAAGAUGAAAAAGGAGUCGUUUUUGGAUAGUACUGUGGUGAUGAUAUUCGGAGAUCAUGGGUAUCGUUUUGGUGGAAUGCGAAAGCAAACGCUCCAAGGGAAACUAGAGGAGCGUUUACCCCAUUUUUCGAUCACUCUUCCUCCAUGGUUUAGACGAAAACACUGGAAUAUGUAUAAGAAUUUAAAGUUCAAUUCGAGAAUUCUCACUUCCCCUUUUGACAUUUAUGCCACACUCAAGCACAUCAUAUCGUACCCUUGGCGGCCAAGUGGGGUAAACAGUGGACAAAGCUUGUUCGACAAGUUGGACCCUUCCUAUCGCAGGUGCACCAACGCGGGGGUCAAGGAUCAUUGGUGCCCGUGUCUGAUCAUGAAUAAGGUCCCUGUUAAGAACAUUAUCGUACAAGACAUAGCACAGGUUGCCGUGGCCGCCAUCAACAGACUUUUAAACGAGACACAGGAAUCCCGUGAUAUGUGCACAGGGCUGACACUAAAGGAGGUGAAAUCAGCUUCCCGGGAGCUUCCAAGCCAGGUAGUCCAGACAUUUAAAUACUCAUUCCCGAAUCGUGAGUGUGAUUCCUGUGGAGUGAAACUGGCCGCCCCGGCCAAGAACACGAUGGUCAAAGACACACUGUACCAGAUCAAGUUUGUGACGAGCCCUAACAGUGCGUAUUACGAGGCUAGUAUCAGCCUGAAUGGAGGUGUGCCUUCUAUAGAUGGUGACAUCAGUCGGAUUGACGCUAUAGGAGAGCAGGCGGACUGUGUCAAAGAAUCUCUUUCUCAUUUGAUCAAGUUUUGCUUUUGUAAGGGAAAUAAACCAAUUGCAGACGAUAGGCCUAAACGUGAAAAUUCUAAAACUAUAUCUCCAAAUACAGAAAACAUUGAAGACUAUUAAAUGACGGCUUUUUAUGAAAUGAUACAUUUUUAUUGGUAAAGGUUUUUUUUUGGUGGAUAUUAUAGUUAAUAAAGGCCAAUUACGCCGCCUAUUUCUCAUUUACAAAAUACAGUACCGUAGCAGGCGUCGAAAUAAUGUACAGAAACAUUGAGAAAAUAUUUGGGGGUCACAGCCACGCCGCUGGUCAUUUCGUUAUAAGUUUUUGAAAAUACUGUGGGGCACGUGCCGUCAGAGCCCCAACUCCUGCUACGACCCCGGAAUAAGCGGUUUUUUUACGGUUAUUGUUAAUUCUUUGGCAUCUUUAUUGCAGUUAACGGUCCCCCUCUUAAAUUAAUGCUAAACGCUUAUAUAUUUUUUGCGAAUUUACAGUUUUAACGGUUAACCCCAUUAACACCUUUUUAAAUGGGUACUAGCCUAUAGUCCUGGUGCUAUAACAGGGACUAUGACUUACAUACGCCAAGGUCAAAAGAAUGAUAAUGAUCAUUAUAAACAAAUCGUUUGAGCGGGAAGUGGAUUAUUAAGGUACUUGAAAAGAAAACAGACAGACAAUAGAAUAUUUUAUUUAAGGAUAUUACUGAUGCCACUGAUAUCGAUGAUACAAUUAUAGUACAAUUGUUUUAUAACGAAUUUGAAUAAAAUAUGUUUUUAUUUAA